AUGCCGCGUGAAACCAUCCCCCAAGCCUGCGACGCCUGUCGUCGUCGAAAAGUAAAAUGCACAUCGCACCGGCCAUGUAGUCCCUGUCGAUCAAUGGCGCUGGUCUGCCGGUCAACCGGUUCUCGACGCAAGAAAGGGCGACAGGGUCGUUCAGCUAAUGUAUUGUAUGAAUUGAAGACAAAUACAAACUCAGAUGCAAUUGACGAGAAUCAAUUGAGUGGUGUGACACCCGUCGAAAGCCCCAAUGACAUACCGCCAACGGGAUAUGUGAAGAGGUCUGGAUUGUUGAAUGACGGACUGGUGCAGAGCUGUGCUGCGUACUUCUAUUCUCGGAUGUUAGGGACGGUACCGAUCUUGCAUCCUGAUAAAUUCCAAGAACAGGUGGAGCGCAUGGACGAAUGUCCGCAUGCGUAUUGCCUUGUGGUGGCGUUUUGUGCCUUCGUCUUGACUCAGACGGGGUAUCUUUCCUGUCAUCAGGGUACGGGUCCGGAUAUGGGUCGCGCAUUGUUAGACGAAGCGAUGGCUGCUCGACGGCAUUUGGAUCCGUUUUCUGCGCCUAUUCGGCUAGGUAUUACCAUUGCCUUUCUUUUAUAUGGGUGUCAUAUUGGAUGCGGGAACCAACGUCAAGCUUAUUACUUCCUACGUGAGGCCACCACGUUUUAUACAGCCGAUAUGUUGGACCAGUCAGCCGAUGAAGAUGAACCUUGUUUCUCAGGGAAGCUGUUUUGGUUGUUGUUGAUAUCUGAACGUGCCCAUGCAAUCCGCCGGCGACGUCCAGUAACACUGCAAAUCACAAGCACCAGCCCAGCCCUAGACACAUCACCCAUAGACCCCUUCUCCCUCGGCUUCAGCCAUCUAGUCGACCUCUACCGACCCUUCGAUGAAUCCUUCCUCGCAAUCUGGAACGCUAGCCAACCAAUCUGCACCCGGGAAUCCCUCGUCCAUCUAGAAGAGCAUCUCCAACGCUCCGUCCCCGCAGACCUCGACCUCCCAGAUAUUGUCCUGGCCGAUCUCCGAGUCUCGCAGCAAUGGCUCCGCACCAUGAUCUGGCAACUUGCCACAACGGCAGGUUUCCUGUCCAGCACGCCUACCCACCCAAGUCUCGACUUCCGGUAUCCCUUACAAAUAGCCCGGGACUUGUCCUUGGCAACCUGGAAGCUUUCUCGGGAGAGUAUGGAAACGCAUGGGGUCGGGUUGAUAGAGAAGAUUUUUGAAGUGGCGUGUACGUUGACGGACGUUAUGGCUUGUUUGUCCUCGACGGGGUUGAGAUCUUCCGGGUUUGAGAUGGGACCUCAGGAUUAUUUGAAGCAUUUGUGUUCGUUGGUGCAUUCGUUGCACGGUGGGAGAAAAAGGUUUUUGCCGUUGUUGAUGGCCAAGGUGGGACAUACUUUGCCGGCCAUGGUGAUGCCUAUUAGUAGGCAUCUUGGAUUGGAGGACUUGGGGAGCUUUGAUGAGGGGGAGAAGAAGGGGUUUGAUGCUGUGGGUGAUGUUGAGCGGGAUUUGAAUUGGGCGGAGAUGAGUCGGAUUGGAGAUAUGACGCCGGAUAUUGAUGAUACUUCGCUGUUAUGA